GGGAGGCCUAAACAACGAGCAAAGAAAUGGUGUGGUGAAUUAGUUUCGGAGAGUGCGAGAGACAGAAAACUGCUCAGUAAUUGGCCCCGUGUAACAGAGAUGUUGAGCUCCCUGCGAUUUCAACCUUCAAACCACUCAACCAUUUCUCUCACCUUCAACAAUCCUUUCCCCGCCACCACUAACAACUCUCACUCACAACGUACCCUCUCAUUUACUACUAAACCCCUCGCCCUUCCCAAACCUCUCUCUUCUUUCACAACACACUCACCUCAACCCUCCUCACAUUUCAUCUCCACCGUUGGAUCUCCAUCUCUCAACCUCCCUCAUUGGAAUCUCACCCAACGCCACCUCACUCUUCUCCAAGUCCUCGCCGUCGUGACAUCGAUAUGCACGACGUGGCUGUUUUGUUCUGCAAUUCCCACGCUUCUGGCUUUCAAGAGAGCAGCGGAAUCACUUGAGAAGCUUAUGGAUACGGCAAGAGAAGAACUUCCUGAUACAAUGGCUGCAAUUCGAUUAUCCGGCAUGGAAAUUAGUGACUUAACCAACGAACUGAGUGAUCUUGGACAAGAGAUUACCCAAGGUGUUAAAAGCUCCACUCGCGUGGUUCGAUCAGCGGAGGAGAGGCUUCGCCGUUUUACCACUAUGAUGCCUUCUUCUUCAGCUUCAUUGCAGGGAAGGGAAUACAGCCCAAAAACUGAGCCUGACUCGGGUGUGCUUGCGGUGGCAAGAACUGCUAGGGGAGCGACAGAGGGUAUUAUCAAGGGUCGUGGUAUGUUGAGGAUGUUUUUCUCCCUUGCCCAAUUUUCAAGUUUUGCUCUCAAAUUCAUUACUGGACGUGGAAAAAGGUAGAGGCCAGAGAAGUUUAUAGAUUUCUUCAUAUGCUAGCAGCAUCAACUUUCUCUUUCUCUUGUUAUUAUGAUGAUGAUGAUGGUGAUCUUCUGUUUUUUUUUCAUUGAUGUUUUUGGUUGUGUACUUAUUUCUCUUUUUACAUAUUGCAAUAGUGAUAAUUUCCCUUUAGACGAGGCUAUAGGGUCUAGUGUUAUCAAUAAUGUGUAUAGAAACCUAAAAGGAUCAACAGAUUGAGUGCAGUUUGUACUCUACAUAACCUUAAUACUUGCAUUUGUUAUUUCAAACUCUUACUCGUAA